UUUAUUUACUUAUUUUAUUUAUUUACUUUAUUUAAUACCGUAACAUUAAAUUGUGCUGGAAUUAAACAUUUCUAUUUGAUAAUGACACAGAUAAGGACUCUGAUGAAAGUGAAGUCAGAUCUGUUAAAUGGAUUAAAGUUCUUCUGAUAGUUGUUGGUGUUUCUCUUGUUUUUGCUCUGGGUGUCAUCUGUGCUCUCAGUUUACUCUAUGUUGGUCAAAUCAGCUUGUGUGACUCUCAGCAACACAAUGAUACAAAACCACCAACGGAUCUACUGCAGAAUGUUGGUCAAAUCAGCCUGUGUGACUCUCAGCAACACAAUGAUACAAAACCACCAACAGAUCCAGAGCAGGGCACUGAGAUGGAUCUUAAGUACCACAGAGUUAAAGACUGUCUGGAUUCUUGCACUGCAUACGGUGCUUCAUCUUGUAAGCUUUGUGAAGAGGACUGGACAGCAUACGGUGGAAAGUGUUAUUUCUUCUCUUCUGUAAAUAAGACAUGGUUUGAGGCUCGUGAUUUAUGUGCUGCAUCAAAAGCUCAUCUGGUCACCAUUAACAGCACAAUUGUACAAGAUUUCCUGGUGUCUAAAAUUAAAGAGACUCACUGGAUCGGUCUUAAUGAUCAGGAGACUGAAGGUCGAUGGGUUUGGGUGAAUGAUCAAACUCUUGAAGAAACCAAAGUAAAGUUUUGGUUUAAUAACCAGCCGGAUAACUGGACUGGACAUAAUCAAUCUGGAGAGGACUGUGCCUGUAUGGGAUAUGAGCGUGCACAUUUAAACUCUUGGUUGGAUGCAUCUUGCGAAUACAAGAAAAAGUUUAUCUGUGAAAAAAAAUUCAUUGUUCUUGAGUGAUGACUGUAGUGACAGUUCCAGUUUCUAUAUUAUUGUAUAUUGAGGAUCUUUACACGUCUCUCUGUAUUGUGCAUUUAUUGUCUUUACUCUGAUUUUAUACCAUGGUAAAGUGUUUGUUUUGCAUUUACAGUAUAGAGUCUGAAAGACACUGUAAUCUGUUAAUCAUUUACAAUAAAAUGUUAACAAAAUAAA